AUGGAUAAAUCUUUAUCAACCACCGAUGGUUGUCUACCUGUAGUUUCCCUUCAAGACUUGAAGAACCACAAUCGUUGCAACAUCAUGGGCAGUUCCACACAGCCACUAACGCACAGCUUAAAAGCUGUGCAUAGUGAAUCGAGGCCUCGCAGAGACCAUUCAACAAUCAAUCACAAAACCCAUGAAUUUAAUGAUGAUGAUGAUGAUGAUGAACUUGUUGGAUUUGGAGAUGUGGCAGAGAAGAAUCUGGUAGAUCGACUAAUCAACGACGACAAGAAAAGCCUCUGCGUGAUUUCUCUAGUCAGUAAAAAGGCUGUGGCAAGACAGCUCUGGCAAGGAAGGUUUAUAACAGACUCGACAUUCGGCAGUCUUUCGAGUGCCGUGUUUGGCUCCAUGUUCCCAAAAAUAGAGCUCAUGAGCGUGGAUGAGCUGUCUGCUCUGCUUUUCCAGACUUUAAUGGAGCUCAGGUUUCUAAUAGUCUUGGAUGAUGUCUCCUCGUUUGAUGUCUGGCUCAUGUUAGCAUGUCCCUUUGCAGACACCGCCAAUGGUAGCAAAGUCAUCCUCACUACUCGCGACUCUAAGAUAGCCUCGGAUGUUGAUCCGUGGAGUCGCCCACCGCUGGAACUCAAGCCCUUCACUGAUGAGCUGAGUUGGGAAUUGUUCUCGAACAAGUUUCGUGUAGGCAGACAUGACACAGAUACACACCACCAGUUAAACAGUUACAAGGUAAAAAUUCUGAAAAUAUGCGGCGGUUUGCCUCCAGCAAUUGUCCUGCUUGGACGAUUGUUGUCAACUAUACAAUCUAAUGAGUUGGUCUGUGUAAUUGAUAGUCUUUUAAUCGACUUGGACAAACUUGAUCAAUCACCUCUCUCAAAUAUUAUAGCUUUAUGUUUUCGUGAGCUACGGUCUAAGUUGAAGCUAUGUUUUCUUUACUUGGCUCUCUUUCCUAAAGAGUAUGAGAUCUCCGUGCGGAGGCUGUUGCAGUUGUGGAUUGCAGAGGGUUUUGUGAAAAUGUCAAGUACCCAACAACCUGAAGAUAUAGCCGGUAAAUAUUUGAAAGAACUCGUGCACAGAAACAUGAUUGAAAUAGCAACAAGGAAGGAAGACGGAAGGCAUAAAACAUGCCGAAUGCCAAGCUUUCUUCAUGAUUUCUUCUUUCAAAAAUCUGAGGAUAUAGGAUUUAUUCACUCCCACCAUUGCAGAGCGAAUUGUACGCCGAUAGAUUCACCUGCUCAGCUUAGAAUCCAAACAAAGUCCCCAUUGAAGAGAUGA